ACUACGCAUGCGCAACACCCGCUUCGCGCUGGUUCUCAGAUACGCGCAAAUGACUGAAAACAGCGGAGCGGGCGACUGGAGCUGAGCGCUGGCUUGGUGGACGUCGUCCCAGCGGUGAAUUGAUACGUUUUUGUUGUUGUUGCUUUUGUCUCCGGACGUAGUCGGAAUGGCAGCGAGCACAGAGACCCCGGAACCCUGGUACCUGGCCCUGCUGGGCUUCGCAGAACAUUUCCGCACGUCGAGUCCGCCGAAGAUCCGUCUCUGCGUCCACUGUCUGCAGGCUGUGUUUCAGUUCAAGCCGCCUCCGAGGGUCGAGGCCCGGACUCACCUCCAGCUGGGCUCGGUGCUGUACCGACACACAAAGAACAGCGAGCUGGCCCAGACUCACCUGGAGAAAGCGUGGUUUAUAUCACAGCAAAUCUCUCAAUUUGAAGAUGUCAAGUUUGAAGCUGCAAGUAUUCUGUCAGAGUUCUACUGUCAACAGAACUUGGUGGACUCUGCAAAACCAGUGCUGCGGAAGGCCAUCCAGAUUUCUCAGCAAACUCCCUAUUGGCACUGUAGACUGCUCUUCCAGCUGGCACAACUACACACUCUAGAGAAAGAUUUAGUGUCUGCCUGUGACCUCUUAGGAGUGGGUGCAGAGUAUGCAAGAGUCAUGGGAUCAGAAUACACAAGAUCUCUGUUCUUAUUAAGUAAAGGAAUGCUGCUGCUGAUGGAGAGGAAGCUGAGCGAGGUGCACCCACUACUGACGCUGUGUGGGACCAUUGUUGAAAACUGGCAGGGAAACCCCAUUCAGAAGGAGUCUCUGAGAGUUUUCUUCCUGGUGCUGCAGGUUACACACUACCUGGAUGCUGGACAGGUAAAGAGUGUGAAGCCAUGUCUGAAGCAGCUUCAACAGUGUAUCCAGACCAUCUCCACCCUCCACGAUGAUGAGAUCCUUCCCACUAAUCCAGCAGCUCUCUUCCACUGGCUCCCCAAAGAGCAUAUGUGUGUGCUAGUGUACUUGGUGACAGUGAUGCACUCCAUGCAGGCGGGCUACUUGGAGAAGGCACAGAAGUACACAGACAAAGCUCUCAUGCAGCUGGAGAAGCUGAAGAUGCUGGACAACAGUCCCAUCCUGUCCACGUUCCAAGUCAUCCUGCUGGAGCAUAUCAUCAUGUGCCGGCUGGUUACUGGACACAAGGCCACAGCCUUACAAGAAAUUUCUCAGGUUUGUCAGCUCUGCCAGCAGUCACCCAGGUUGUUUACAAAUCAUGCUGCCCAGCUGCAUACAUUGUUGGGCCUCUACUGUAUCUCGGUGAACUGCAUGGAUAACGCUGAGGCACAGUUCACUGCUGCACUACAGAUGACAACACACCAGGAGCUGUGGACAUUUAUUGUGACAAACUUGGCCAGCGUUUACAUCCGCGAAGGGAACAGACAUCAAGAGCUGUACAGCCUCUUGGAGAGGAUUAACCCUGAUCACAACUUUCCUGUCAGCUCUCAUUGUCUACGAGCUGCAGCGUUUUACAUCAGAGGGCUCCUGUCUUUCUUCCAGGGACGUUACAACGAGGCCAAAAGAUUUCUAAGGGAGACUUUGAAGAUGUCUAAUGCCGAGGAUCUAAAUAGGCUGACGGCCUGCUCACUGGUCCUACUGGGUCACAUCUUCUUUGUUCUAGGCAACCACAGGGAAAGUAACAAUAUGGUGGUUCCUGCCAUGCAGCUGGCCAGCAAGAUCCCUGACAUGUCUGUGCAGCUCUGGUCCUCUGCUCUUCUCAAAGCAGAUCUGAACAAGGCCUGUGGAAACACCAUGGACGCCCACGAGGCCGCCCAGAUGCAUCAGAACUUUUCCCAGCAGCUCCUGCAGGACCACAUCGCAGCCUGCAGCCUUCCCGAACACAACCUCAUCAGUUGGACAGACGGCCUCCCCCCCGUGCAGUUUCAGCCUCAGAAUGGACCUACAACCAGCCUGGCCGGCCUGCUCUGAGAACAAGACUGACAGGGAAAAUGAGACACAGGAGCUGUUGCAAGAAGAGAGGAAAGACAGGAGCAGCUGAUAAAAUUGUGAGGAGAAAUCGAGGGUAACGAAGUUAGAAAGAGAAGGCACACUGCACUGUGUCAUUUGGCAGACUUCCAUUUGGUGCAUUCCUUCACUUAUUUGGGGCACUGGGGCAUCAGGGCUGGAUUUUAGGUAACAUAUUUUCUGCCACCUAAACAUAAUGAAAAAGUUAAAUGAGAAAAUUGCUCAAGUGUCAGAUCUAUAUGGCAAAUCUGUUCCCUCCGGGGUUUAGCUAACUUAGUUUGGCACAAAGGCUGGAAACAGCCAGUGUGGCUCUGUGCAGAAGUAACAAAAUCCACCCAAUAGCAGCUGUGAAGUCACUAAUUUACAAGCUCUAUUUACAGUAAAACCUAAGUAUUUGUUUUGUUCCCAAAUGCUUAGCUUUUCCUGUUAAACAAGCGGUCUGUACCAUUCAUUUAGCUCAUCUCUUAACUUCUUCUUGCAAGACCAUCAGGGAAGUAUUUUAGCUAUGGGGACUGCAAAAGUAACAUUUUCAUUAAAAAAAACUUUUUUCUUUAAGGUCAAAUUACUGUUAAAUUUUAACCACCCACUGGCCAGUCAGACACAGACAAAUUGGAUUCAGUCUGUUGUUGUGCAUGGACUUAAUAUCUGCCUUUUCAAAGCACCGGAUGGCCAGUUCUGAUACAGUAUUAGUGAAGAUACACAGUAUAUGUAUUGUACUAAAUAGCUGUAGUGAUCCUGUUGUAGUGUAGUGGUUUGUUGAUAUGUACUUGGUUGACUCAAAAAGACAAACGUGUCUUGUUGAGCUGAAGACAAUUCAGAAUUCGAGUUAUGAGACCUUGAAUAGAGCUGACCAUAGAAACACUGACUUGCUUGACACCCAAUAGUUUUUAACAUGUUUUGAGACCGUGAUGCAUAAAAAAAACAGUAUUUUUUGACACGACGGCUCAGUCAACUUGCUGCCUGACUGUUCUUCCCUUUAGAUUUUUGCCUUUUCACUCUCAACGUGUAUGUUUGUAUGCUGUGCACAUUUUGUUCACGGUCAAGAAAUUAGUAACAAUAAUAUUUCUACUGAAUAAGAUUGACUCUUGCCUCUCUGUAUAUAUGUUGUUUCACGAUGAAACUCACAUUUUUACCUUUUCCAUGGAAGCAUUUUUAAAUAGUAUUUUUUUCACUAAGUUCCUGUUUUACUCGUUUCUUCCAGACGAUGGCGGUAUGAAUCUGUAUUUAAAUAACUUAUUUAUUUAAUGAUGCUGAUUUUCUUUGCCAGUAUGGUUGGUUACAGUUUUGAUAUAUUAUCAAACACCUGGUAGGACUAUAAUUUAAUCAUGCUAAUGUAGGAAAUGUACAAUUUUAGUUUUAUAUAGUUACCACAGUUAUACAGAUUUCUGCAAUGAUAGUUUAUUACCAAACAAACUACUGAGUUUGGUCAUCUGCAUCUUGAUUACUGCAAUAAAACAGAAUGCCAUUUAUUUUAUUGGCAUUUUACAGCAUGUUAUAAAAGGAAAUGUUUGAUUUGUGUUUUCCCCAUUCUCAUUUUAGCUGCUUAACUUUGACACUUGUAUAACUUUUUUAUAAAUAAGAAUUCAAAAGUUCAAUGACUUGAUUUUUUUUAAAAAUUUUUUUUAUUGGAUAAUUCUGUGAAGCUUGAUUUACUGCAGCACAUGAAACAUGACAACAUGGGAAUUGGUUAUGAAUAUGGAAAAAUGUAGAUGCUUUGUGUACUCCUGCACUUGUAUAUAACUGCACAUAAAAUAAAUAAACACAGCCCAACACUGAUAACUGACAGUGCGUUUAGCACAAAUUACAGAUAAUGAAAGAAGUAAAGUGGGUGGAGUAGAUAACGGUGAUUGCGUUUUUAAUGUGCAGUAAAGUCAAAGUGCUACAUUGUACAAACACAUACAGUGCACUCUGCGUCACAGCUAACCAUUAUGCAAACCAUGCUGUCAUGUUUUAAUUUGAAGGACUUUGUUUUCCAGUUGAUCAGUGUAUCCAAUGGUUUCCAUUAGUUUCUGUACAUUAGAGGAAUUUGUAAGAAGACUCUUAAGUUCUUACUGUGAAGUGAUUGCUCCAUUACUUUAUGUCAGGGUUACUUUAUGUUAUGAUAAUGGAAAGUAUAGACAUCAACUGCACUCCCGCUGCAUGCUUGGCAAACAGAAAUGUAUGGAAAUUCCUACAACAGUAGUAAAAACACAUUCAAUUGUUUUCAACUUCAUAGCAUUCAUUUGAAAAUGCUGCUUGAAAAUGUGUGCAUGUGUGUAGUCAGAGAGCUUAAAGUUGCAAAGAAUACUCCUUUAAGGCCACACAUGGUAGAUUUAUUCUGAAAAUUUGAGAGCAAUUUUCAAUCACAAGAGCUGAGAUGUUAACACUAGCCUAAAAAAUGUUUUAACUGGUUAAAAUAGUGAUGUUCAAGUUUAGGCCUGCUGGUGAAAUCAGGCCCACAACAUGAAGCCAGCUGGCCCACCGACCAAUGUCUAGUUCACAAUGAAAUUAAACUGAUUGAAACUGGA